GUGCUAAAGGGAGCGGGGCCUGUUCGUCACAUGACUGAGAGGACCAGGAGCUCGCGCCCCAGUACGGAAGGGAAGAUGGCGGCGGAGAGGGAGCCCCCUCCGCUCGGGGAAGCCAGGCAGCCUGAGCUCGAGGAGCUGGAGGACGGCGAGGAUUUGUUCACCAGCACUGUGUCCACGCUGGAGUCAAGCCCAUCGUCUCCGGAACCAGCCAGUCUUCCUACAGAAGACAUCAGCACAAACUCUAAUGGUCCAAAGACUGCAGAAAUCAUACUAGAUGAUGACAGGGAAGACCUUUUUGCUGCUACAGAAGAGGUUUCUCUGGACAGUCCAGAAAGGGAACCAAUACUGUCUCCAGAUCCUACUCCUGCAAUCACUCCUGUAACGCCCACUACACUAGUAACUCCCAGAAUGGAAUCAAAAAGUAUAACAGCCCCUGUGAUUUUUGAUAGAUCCAGGGAAGAGAUUGAAGAGGAAGCAAAUGGAGACGUAUUUGAUAUAGAAAUCAAUGUCUCAGACCCAGAGAAAGUUGGGGAUGGCAUGAAUGCUUACAUGGCAUACAGAGUAACAACAAAGACAUCCCUUUCUAUGUUUCACAAAAAUGAAUUCUCUGUUAAAAGAAGAUUCAGUGACUUUCUUGGUUUGCACAGCAAAUUAGCAACAAAAUACCUGCACGUUGGUUACAUUGUGCCUCCAGCUCCAGAAAAAAGUAUUGUAGGCAUGACCAAGGUUAAAGUAGGCAAGGAAGAUUCAUCAUCUACAGAAUUUGUAGAAAAAAGAAGAGCUGCACUAGAAAGGUAUCUACAACGAACAGUAAAACACCCAACCUUGUUACAGGAUCCUGAUUUAAGGCAGUUCUUGGAAAGUUCUGAGCUGCCGAGAGCAGUUAACACCCAGGCUCUGAGUGGAGCAGGAAUAUUGAGGAUGGUGAACAAGGCUGCCGACGCUGUCAACAAAAUGACAAUCAAGAUGAAUGAAUCGGAUGCAUGGUUUGAGGAAAAACAGCAACAAUUUGAGAAUCUGGAUCAGCAACUUAGGAAACUUCAUGCCAGUGUAGAAGCCUUGGUCUGCCACAGAAAAGAGCUUUCAGCCAACACAGCUGCCUUUGCUAAAAGUGCUGCCAUGUUAGGUAACUCUGAGGACCACACUGCUUUAUCUAGAGCUUUGUCUCAGCUUGCAGAAGUUGAGGAGAAAAUAGACCAGUUACAUCAAGAACAAGCUUUUGCUGACUUCUAUGUGUUCUCAGAACUGCUCGGUGACUACAUUCGUCUUAUUGCUGCAGUAAAAGGUGUGUUAGAUCAUCGAAUGAAAUGUUGGCAGAAAUGGCAAGAUGCUCAGGUCACUUUACAGAAAAAACGUGAGGCUGAAGCAAAGCUCCAACUUGCCAACAAACCUGAUAAACUGCAACAAGCUAAAGAUGAGAUAAAGGAGGAAAUUGAAGAGUGGGAGACAAAAGUUCAGCAAGGGGAGAGAGACUUUGAACAGAUCUCCAAAACCAUACGCAAAGAAGUGGGAAGAUUUGAGAAGGAACGAGUGAAAGACUUUAAAACUGUUAUUAUCAAGUACUUAGAAUCAUUAGUGCAAACACAACAGCAGCUGAUAAAAUACUGGGAGGCAUUCCUACCUGAAGCCAAAGCCAUUGCCUAGAAAGGAGAAUAUUCCAAACCAGAAGACACUUUGGAUGUUUGUCCCGGUUAAGCUAAAUUCCACAGUGAAAUCACUUUAAAAUCGUUCAAAUAAACCACUAUAUAUUUUA